CCACGAUUGAUGAUUCUCCCCACCUCGAUUUUGUCGCACAACAACACAACCUCCUUAAUAAUUGCUUCAUCACUCGCUUCCUCGCUGCGUCUUUGCGUCGCGACACCGAUACUCAAUUCGAAUUUCGCUUUUACAAGGUGCUUUUGAUGCGAUCUGCGACCGAAGUUGAUUUUGCCCGACGCGCCGGUAUCAUAACAACAUAACAAACGCGCUCCAUAUCCCAUCUCUUCCUAUUGCUUCGUACCAACCAUACGUCGCCGACCGGCGCAAAUCUUCGAGAUCUCUUGUAAUUAACCUUUAUCGCCAACAUGUUCUACUCGGAGACUCUAUUGUCGAAGACGGGUCCUUUGGCCCGAGUGUGGUUGUCGGCCAAUCUUGAACGCAAGCUUUCUAAGAACCACAUCUUGCAAGCCAGCGUGAAAGACAGUGUCGAUGCUAUUGUUACACCAAACCAAGCGCCAAUGGCGCUGCGGCUGAGCGGACAACUUCUGCUCGGUGUCGUAAGAAUCUACAGUCGGAAAGCGCGUUAUUUACUCGAUGACUGCAAUGAAGCACUUAUCAAAAUCAAGAUGGCCUUCCGCCUGUCUGGCAAUAACGACAUUCCCGCCGGAUUGCACAUGCCUUCUCGAGAUGCCCUUAUGCUUCCGGAUGUCCUCACGGAGGGUGACAACCUUGAGAUGCCGCCUAUGCCGGACGCGUCGUUCCUCUUCUCCCAACUAGAAGACGAUUCACACCAACGUAAGCGAAGAGCCGGUAGUCGUGAUAUCAACCUACAAGAAGACUUCACAGGGAGCCAAUUCUUGCAGAAUAGCAUCGAGAACCAAAACGACGAUGAUUUGGUUUUGGAGCCAAUGGAUGAUCUUGACUUAGGCUUGGACUUUGGUCUUGAUAUUGACGAUUUCAACCCAAAAGCGGAUCGUACCAUGGAAGUUGGACGAGACGCGCCAGCUGCCCGGCCUGCUGAGGAGGAUCUGUUGAGUGAGCUGGACAUUCAAAUCCCAGCAAAGGACAACUAUGACGCUGGUGACCGAGACACGUCUCUCAACCUCGAUUUUGGAGGUGGUGAUGACGAUGGCAUUCGAAUGGCGGAUGACGACGGAGACGUUGACAUGUUCAACAUGGGAGACCAGGAUGUUACAUUACCUCCAGCCCCGCUCGUGCGACCAGAAAGAAUUUCUGAGUCUCCUCUGUCGGACAUGGAUGAAACGCUGGCAGCAGAAGUGGAAGCUGAGCAUCAACGCAAUCUCAAUUCAGCACUCUACGAACCUGAAGAUGAGACUGAACAAUCUGUCUUCCGUAACCCAGCACAGCGAGCUCGGAGGCAAAGAUUUCUACAUGCAGAUGCUGAAACCGUGAUCGCUAAUCACAUCAUCAAGGAGCAACAACAAAGCCACGAUAAGAUUCUCAAACCUCAAUCAUUCCUUCCCAGAGACCCAGAACUUCUUGCUCUCAUGGAAAUGCAGAAGAAUGGUGGAUUUGUUUCCAACAUUAUGGGUGACGGUCGAAGUCUAGGUUGGGCACCAGAACUCCGCGGAAUGCUAUCAUUAGAUGCAGUCCGAAGAACCGGAGAACUGAAGCGCAAGCGUGACAGUGGGAUUGCAGACAUGGAAAGUGGCGACGACCAAAAUCCUAGCAAGUCUCCACGCCUCGAUCUUGGCGAAGAGGAUGAUCUGGCAGCAGGUCUUGGCGAUGUUGGCAUAGAUGCAAACACAACUGUUGGCCCCGACGGGACCAUGAUGGAAAUGGCUGCUGAUGACGGAUUCAUGAUGAACAAUGAUGAUGAGCAUGAUCCAAGCGCUGGCCUUGACGCCGUUAGUCCCGGCCCGAACUUUGAUGAGACUACCGCACCUCUUGUUCAUCCAGCGGACAGUGGGCCGGUAUCAUUGGGGACGAAGCACGCGGUUCAUCUUCUUCGUGAUCGUUUUGGUCCAGAGGCAGCAAAUAGCCCUGACAAGCGCAAGAAAGCUAGCGUACUCUUCCAAGAUCUGCUACCAGAAGCCACAACCACAAGAGCCGAUGCUACCAAGAUGUUUUUUGAAGUCUUGGUUCUUGCAACAAAAGACGCUGUAAAGGUUGAACAACAAGAAGCUUUGCUCGGUGGUCCAAUCAGAGUCCGAGGCAAGCGAGGUCUUUGGGGCGAUUGGGCUGAAAGAGAAGCCGGUGGGGAGAUUGCGGAAGAGGAAGCAGGCCCAAGCUCGACCCUCGAGCGAUCAGCCGUUGUGGCCGUCGCUGCUUAGACUUGGAUGAUUCAUUGUACAAUUAUGGUAUGCAUAGGUGUAUCAGAGCGGAAAGCCUGAGCAUGGCGUUAGAGGCGUCACUUUUUCAACAGGCGGAGGAUUGGAUGGUUUUGCAUGGAAUGGCGUUCAAUGAUAUCCUUCCUGUUAUUACUCUGCUUUCUCAACGGGAAGGGGAGAGUGGUCUUGACUUUUAGUUAACCCUGCAAGUAAAAGCUUUUCAAUGGACUUCCUCUUGUUUGUAUAACUCUAGUCUGCUUUACAUCCCGUGUUUGAUGUUCAAAUAGCAUUGUUCAGCAUUGCCCUCCUAAUUUCCAUUCGCAUUGUGAGAUUUUAGUGCAUAUAUCGAUUUGCG